AUGUUUGUUGAUAUCAUAGAGAUUUUACAGUUUUUGAUCAAAGAGAGCAAUAACGCCCACUUGAAGUCACAUUGUUCACGCAGUACCUUACUGCAAAUGGAAAGUUACAACCAACAAGAAAUAAUUAGAAUUUUGUUGUGUGAAAGAUAUCCAAAUACUCCUUUACCCGAAGAAAUCAACUCAGAGAUCAACAAGCUAAUCCGUUGGCAGAAUGAUAACAAAUUACACACAUCAGUGCAAUCAUUGACCAAUAAUUACAAUAUGGCCAACGCAACUGUAUCCUUAUGGAAGGGAGAUAUAACCACUUUAACAGACGUCACUGCGAUAGUGAAUGCAGCAAAUCUGACCUUGUUAGGAUGCUUUCAACCAAGACACAAAUGUAUUGACAAUGUUAUUCACAUUGCUGCUGGACCUGAUUUAAGACAAGCAUGUUAUAAUUUGAUGCAAAGCAAAUCUGAACCUACUGGUUCAGCCAAAAUUACCCCUGGCUUUAAUUUGCCAGCAAAGUAUGUUAUUCACACUGUUGGUCCUAUUAUUCAUAAUGAGAGUGUCACAAAGAGAGAGCAAGAACAAUUAGCAAGCUGCUAUCAAUCAAGUUUGGAAGCAUUGGAAAUGUUGAACGAUGAGAAAGAUAAAUCUAUUGCAUUUUGUUGUGUUUCCACUGGAUUGUUUGCGUUCCCAAAAGAGUUAGCAAGUACGAUUGCCAUAAACACAGUACAUGAUUAUUUGAAAACGCAUCCAAAUUCAACUAUCAAGCAUAUUGUGUUCAAUGUGUUUUCAAAUGAAGAUAAAGAAGUUUAUGAAAAUAAUUUGCAAGUGCUUCCUCGGGACUCGUCUCAAAUUUCGCUCGAAUCAGAUGCCCCAACUAAUCUCAAUUUAGAUAAGGCAAAAGCAUGGUUGCAAGAAGCUGAUUGUUUGAUUAUCAGUGCUGGCGCAGGACUUUCUGCAAGCGAAGGAUUGGACUACUCAUCUAAGGCACUUUUCCAAAGAGAGUAUAACCCGUUUCUUAAGUAUGGAAUCACAUCGUUGUAUGGAACAAUCGGAUUUCCCUGGCCCUCUAAGCUAGAUUUUUGGAAUUUCUUUAUUUAUCAUUACACCAAUCUUUACAAAAAAUGGGGACCAAAUGAUACGUAUCAAAAACUUUUGGGUCUUUUGAUGCAAUUUGAGGACUCAUUUGUUAUUACAUCUAAUGCAGAUGGGUUUUUCGUUAAAAAUGGAUUUGAAAAAGAUAGAGUUUUAACCGUACAGGGAAACUAUGCUAAUAUCCAGUGCCUGAAAAACUGUCGCCCUGAUGCUUAUAGAUCAAUGGAUGAAAUGGUUGACAAAUAUCCGCUAACCUCCAAAGAUCAAAUUCCUAGAUGCCAUUACUGUGGGUCUGAAAUGACUAUGUUCUUGCGAAUGGGGAACUAUUUUAAUUCAGCAAUUGUGAAAAAUGAAAGAAACAAUUACAAUGAGAUGUUGAACAGAAUUAUUAACACCAAUAAAAAAGCAGUCAUAUUGGAAUUGGGAGUGGGGUUAAACACGCCAAGUGUGCUUAGAUGGCCGAAUGAAGAUAAAGUGGAGAGGUAUCCAGCUAACUUUAAAUUAAUUAGAGUUGGAAUGGGUCCCUCUAGCACUGUUCCUUUGGACAAUAUAGAGAACACAGUAGUUAUAAAUGGUGAUAUUAAAAAAGUGGUGCAGUUAUUAAAUAAGUAG